AUGAAGUUCAAACGAGGCCCAAAUUCGGGGCCACUUAGGAUCCCCCAUGGUGGCAAGAGUAAAUUUCAGGUCGUUCCAAUCAUUACACAUGUUGUUGUUGGGAUGAUAUGCUUCUACCUUGGAAUACUUAUGAAGAUGACGGGUCCUGUUGAAACGACAUCAUGUCCAUCCUGUCCUGAAUGCCCAGCCUCUCAGCCAGCUCCAGAGGCAUCUGUUUCAAGGCGGAGUCAAGAAAAGGAGGAAGGAGCAAGUGAUACAACUGGUCAUCGAUUUCCGUCAACCCUCCAGAACUUUAUGCACAAUUAUGGGACAAUCCCUCGAGAGGACUUGAAUUCCAUCUUGGAAAUCGGAGUCCCCUUGGACGAAAUGAAACCUCCUGCUGAAACAAAAGAUGCCAUCAUUUUGUACCCAUCGGCAAACACCAUGCCAAAAAAUGUGGACUCACUGAUGAGUAUGAAUGCCUCAACGGCAACGGAAAACUGCAUGUCCGUCAAGGUCAUUCUUCAAGACAACAAACCGAAAAAGAAACAGUGUCUGGUGGUUAUGCCACAAUGGGAAUCCUACCAUGUACAUAAAUUCAUGCGGUUAGAGAAACAGGGAACAAAACCUGAAAACCCAGCGAUUCCUCUGAGGUAUGUUAGUACCAGUCAUCGCGAAAAUGGCGCUUUCAAUGGAGUUCCAGGCAUGGACACACAGACGCUUCCCUUUUACAAGACUCUGGUGGAGUAUUUGGGCCAGUUGGAACGAGUCAUUGCCGAACUAAAGGUGGAAUUAGAAAAACUCAACUCAAAGACAAUUAUUGUCUUGGUGUGCAAUCACGGCCAAUCCGAGCUCUUGCACAACUUUGUCUGCAAUGCCCGGGCCAAGGGUUUGGACUUGAGUCAAUUGUUCCUCUUUGCCACCGACGAAAAGACUCAUGAACUUGCCCAAUCAUUGGGAAUUGCAUCCUUCCACGACGAAUCCGUCUUUAUGGAUAUGCCCGAACAAGCUGCCGGAGGAUACGGUGACCGCAUUUUUGCCAAAAUGAUGAUGGCGAAGGUUUACUGCGUCCACUUGGUGUUGCAAUGUGGCUUCAAUGUUCUCUUUCAGGAUGUUGACGUGGUAUGGUAUAAAGAUCCACUGCCGUACUUGGAAGGACCCGAGUUGGCCGAAUGGGACAUGAUGUUUCAAGAUGAUGGUGCACGAUCCAAUCGAUAUGCACCAUACUCUCCCAAUACUGGAUUCUACUAUGUGCGACACAACGAAAAGACUGUUUAUUUCUUCAACAUGCUCCUUCGCCAUGGCGACUACAUUACCAAGGUCAAGAGUCAUCAAGCCGGACUAGUAGCCGUCAUGAACGAACAUGUCAGUUGGAAGGGGUUGCGGGUCAAAACCUUUCCUCGUGGCGACAGUACUAAAUUUCCAGGAGGAGCUGAAUACCAUCGGUACAAGGUUGCCAUGAAAAAGUGGAUCACUACCAAAUCCAUCGACGACAAGCCGAUGAUAUUCCACAUGUCUUGGACGACCAACAAGAAGAACAAGAGAUUAUAUUUUGAGCAAAUGGGAGAAUGGUAUACGGCAAUUGCCACUAAAAAGGGUACGGACGAAUGCAGUAAAGAAGGCGGACUGAAAUGUUGUUUGGCCCAAGCCAAUGUUACCUGUCAUUACCGCGAUAAACCAAGCGCCAUCUACUGCGGCAUGAUGGAUCCAAUUGACAAAGGCAGAGGAUCAUUUUGGAAAGAUGACGAAGAGAUCCUCACCUUCAAUGCAUAA